AUGAUUGGCCACCUGAUGCUUAUGGUGUUAUGGCUCGGGGUUAUUCCCAGCUAUUCUAUCGACGUCCCAUUACCAGCAGCAAUACUGGUCAAAGGAGAACCUGUGGGAAUUACAUCACUUCUGAAUCGACAGAGAAGGUCCCACCUGGAGAAUGUCACAGAAGAGGAGAAGUGUGCGGAUGAUGAAUACAAACACCCAGAGCUGAAUCAUUGCUGCAAGAAGUGUUUGGCAGGUUUCUAUAGGACAGUGCAUUGUCCUGAAAAGAACCAAGUAACACAGUGUCGUCCUUGCAGAACUGGCACCUUUACUGAGGUAUCCAACAGCAUAACAAGGUGCAGAAGGUGCUCUCCAUGCACUUCCCAACAUGGGCAUGUGAUUGUAAAGAAUUGCACCCAGGAUAAGGAUACUGUGUGUGGAUGUCAUCCGGGUCAGUUCCAAUUCAAGGUUGCCAGUACUUUCAUAUGCAAGAACUGCAGCCACUGCUUGAAUGGAACUGUGAGUGUCCCAUGUAACGGUUACAAUGACACUAUCUGCACAUGUCACUUUGGGUUUUACUUUGAUCGAGGAAGCAGGAAAUGCCUUUCUUGUGAUAUAUGCAACGAUCCAACCUGUCGGCAGCACUGUCCUCCUGCAUCAGGGCUUGUAAAUCCACCUCAAGAAAACCAUUACUGGCUGUAUGCGUUGCUGGGACUCCUAUCUGUCAUAUGUUUGGCUGGUGUAACACUUUUCAUCGUUCGCAGUAAUUUGAAGAAGUGCAUUUGGAAUACUUACAAGGUGCCACCACCAAGUAACAUGACAGAUCCAAAGUCUCAAAGUGAAUCUCCAUUGCUUAAUAAAACCGAGGGCUCCGAGCCGGUGAAUUCGAUAUCAGGAAACAUAAUCCAUAUGGGGGAGUGUGUGCAGGUGACUGAGGGGGCUCUCUGUAAGUCGCUCCCAUUGCCUGAUGUCACUCAAGAAACUCGCCACCAGUGUUUUCAGGAUCCAGUGGAACUUUACACACUAGUUGACAGCAUCCCUAUGCCCCGCUGGAAGGAGUUUGCCAGGCGUCUGGGCCUCAGUGAUAAUGACAUUGAGAGAUCGGAAACAGAUAACCGGCGCUACAGGGAUGCGCAAUACGACAUGCUUCUGACUUGGAAGGAAAGGGUGGGACGCUGUGGUGCAAAAAGAGAUGCAGUUUGCAAAGUCUUGAGGGAAAUGGAAUUAGCGGCAUGUAUAGAAAAAAUCCAGGACUGUCUCUAG